AAAGAUUCCUGCCGGCUUUGAUUCUGCCUGGCUUGUUCAUUGGCAACUUUAAAGAUGCCCGAGAUGUAGAGCAAUUGAGUAAGAAUAACAUUACGCACAUUCUUUCAAUCCAUGACAGUGCCCGCCCUAUGCUUGAGGGAGUGAAGUAUCUGUGCAUUCCGGCUGCUGACUCACCCUCGCAGAACUUGGCAAGGCAUUUCAGAGAGAGCAUCAAGUUUAUCCAUGAGUGCCGCCUUACAGGUGAAGGCUGCCUGGUUCAUUGCCUUGCGGGUGUCUCCAGGAGUGUAACGUUGGUGGUUGCCUACAUCAUGACUAUCACAGACUUUGGUUGGGAAGAUGCACUGUCUGUUGUCCGUGCAGCGAGAUCCUGUGCCAAUCCUAACAUGGGCUUCCAGAGACAGCUACAGGACUUUGAAAAACAUGAUGUUGAUCAGUUCAGGCAGUGGCUGAAAGAAGAAUAUGGGGAAAACUCUUCUCAGGAUCUGCAAGAAGCCAAAAGUCUACUGAGCAAAUAUAAAGAGCAGGCAGAAUUGCAGCAGAAUACUGGAGGAAGACAGUGGAAUAACAACUUCUCAUCUGUGCCCUCUCUCUCAUACAGCAACUACACAACAGAGACCUAAUCGUAGGAGGCUAGCAAAGGGCUCCGAGAGAUGAAGUCUGGUGAUUCAAGCUGUGGCAGUUUGACAUCUCCGCACUGUUAACGUGGCAAAAAUGUUAUUGCACCUGAAGAAGGGCACUCAAGUCUGUGUCUCUGCUGCUCCUGUUCACAGUCCAUUGGCAGGUAAUACUGCGGGGGUGGGCUUGAACUUGAAUGCUAGGCUGCAAGCAGGAGCAGGCGAGAUAUGGGUACACGUAUCUUUCUAUCAACAGUAGCAUCUAGGAGAGAAGUGGGACAGACAGCUCUGAGUAAUAACAUCUUCAACUGCCACAGUUGUACUUGCUUCAGUGCACGUGAGACAGAGCUGUCGGUGGAACUGCCGCAGACCAAGAGCUCCGGGACUGUUACCACAGCUCAGCUGACGUGCAGUGAUUUAAGCCGUGGUCCCUUGGUUGUGCAUCUGGUCUCCCAACAUCAGCUUCGCUGGAGAGCAGUUUGUCAGGUCUCCAGGGCUGCUGAACUUCAUUCCCCGUGGAACACGUGCCUCUUCAACACACGCCCCUGCGCACAUGAUAACGUGUCUCCAAAGAGUGGGCUCGGUGUGAGUGCGAGCACCUGUUUCUUUGCUUGUGCUGUGGUUUGCUCUUUGACUUCAGCUACCUCAAAGAUGCUGUUCUUGUCAUUGUGGUUGUAAAUGCAACCUUGAAAAUUGCCUUGUGUAAUCUUAAUCUGACACUGAGUGAAGUAAGUAGGUGUGUGUGUGUGUGUGCGAGAGUGUGUGUGAGCGUGUAUAUUUCACAAAUGUCUCUAUUUGAAAAUUUUAUUGUUUUCUUUUAAAACCGCCCAUAUUUCUCACUGGCUUAAAAUUUGAGUUGUUUAACUUCAACUUUCUGCCAUUUUAAUACCACUAUAUAUUUUGCGGUGAUCAGAUUUGUAGGAAUGCAUUUGUAAAAUAUAUUUUAAACUAGGUUAAAACUAGGGGCCAUAAUCUGCUCCUGGUAACGUUGUGUGUUUCUGGAAUGGAGCCAUUGCCUGACUCAAGUAUAUUCUAAGAGUGUAACUUCCAAUAUGUCACCAGGGAUGCUGGGCAGCAUAUUGAUUUCUGAUCGUGUAAUGGGAGGUGGCACUGAUACCAAGAUCAUGGUUUCUUAUCUUUGACUCAGAGGAUGAAAGGCCUGUUUUUCUUAAAGAUUCCAGAAAAUAAAAAAUACCUCCCAAUCAGCCAGGAUAUUUAUAAAAGAGAAAAAAAAAAAACUUCCAUCAUUUGUUUAAAUGUGGUGUGUCUAUCAUGCUGAAAGCUGAGCACUGAGUGAGAAGCAGUCAGCGUACUAAAUAGGCUGUUGUCACUUUCAAUUCUUUGGUACUCUGACCUCCCAUCUCUUCAUAAAAUUCCUCUUCAGGUGACUUCCUGCUUGCUUUGGGUGGCAGCGAAUUCUUUCGAUGGGAGAAAGGCUUUUGGGGUCAAGUAAGCUCUGGCUGUUUGAUAUCUGUUGUUAAGUAUCUUCAAAAAAUAUGUGUUAUGGCUUGUGAAGUGUGGAUCUCGCAUAUCAGUAAUUGCCAAAAAGGAAAAAAAGGGAAUGGAGCGGAACUGGCUUGACCAUUUCACCUGAGUCCAGGCCUGCAUCAGGAUUCUCCUUGCACUAAGGGCUUUAAGUGUACUGAGCACAGCGAGAGUAGGAUAAUACAGGAUGCUGUUGGAUUUGGGAAAGAUGCUGGAAUUGACUUUGUUUUCAAGCUUGUAGCUAAAUGAACCACUACCUAGUUGGGAUAUCCAGCAAGUCUUCUGCGUUUGCCUGGUAACAGGAAUACUUGGCUUUUCUCAAAGAUGUUGAUCUGCAAAUAGUUGGCUGCUUAGGAAUCCCAGCACAGCAGUCCCCUCCGUGCUCUGAGGGCAGAUAUGGCAAUUGCAAAACACUUUCCUCACUAACAGGGUCCCACGUGUUCAGGAUGCUGGUCUGUUUAUUCAGCCCUCUCCUCCUUGUGGUAUCAACCUUGUGAGCGCUGGUAAAUUGACCAGUCUUUAUUCUGUUCUGACAAAUAGAAGGCAAAAUGGGAGACAUCUGUUAAUGAUCGUGUGUCCGAGAUUAUUCCAUACUGGAUAUUUUUUUAAUAGUUUGGUUGUCCCCAAGGAGUCAGUCCCACAAAUAUAUAUGUUAUUUUUGUUUUAGAACGGAGUUUGGCUUUAGGGCCAUAUAGCCCCAUCAGUGUGCAUUAUGCUGCAGCUCAAAAGCAGAUACAGGGUAAAGCAGGAAGACGGAGGGUGUGCCAUAUUGUCAGCCAGUGGAAGUGCUUCUCUCUUCUUUUUUUAAAAGACAGAAGUGGUGUUUUCUGUAUUCUCUUGCUUCUACAUCUUGUUCAGUGGUCUGUAUUUAUUUCAUACUGCAUUUAAGAGUGGGAAAAGAGCAACAGCAGUCUCAGAAUCUUGUUUCUGGUUUGUCCACGUAGGGAGCAGAAUGAUAGUUUACUCCUUUAUUACCACAAGGUGCAGAAGAGAGAGUAGCUACAGGUCUCACCUUUGGCCUUUUAGAAAGUGAGAGGAGUUAACACAGACUGAGAACGUGACAUGAUUUGUCUUCCAACCAGCCUUUCAGUGGCAGUUUGUAGGACUUCCCAGCUAUCUGGAACAUGACUAGACCCCAGUCCACCUCCUAGUAGCUGGCCUUUAUAGUGUAGACGAUGCGUUCAGUUAUUUUGUUUCUGUACUUCAAAGCAUUGUCCUCAUUUUGAUGUUCACUGGAAAAUGUAUAAAGUUUAUAACACCUUAUUGGAUAUCCAGAUUUGAAAUGUAUAAUCGAUUUUUUGGGGGGCUAAACUUGAUAUCCAUGUGUGAUUAUAAACAAAUGUUUAGUGUUAUACAAUGUAGGUAAUGGGUAAACACGUUAGUAUUUAUUACCCUGAUUUUUAACCUGGAAAGAGUUGCUUCCUUACAUUUUGUGGUUGAGUGGGAAGAUAUGGCAAAUCAUAUCUCUGUUUUUUAAAGAGGACAGUAAUAACAUUUGUUGCUAUAAUGGCCACUGCCUAUAAAGAAGUCAGUGGAAAAAUUAUAGUAAUUACUUCAGCUAGUUUAAAAUCUCUAAACCUGGUAAGCUUCUUGAUUCUCUGUCUUCCUCUUCCUGGGCAUCUUAGUGAAGCCUUGAUUGCUUUUUCCAAAUGUUUGUAUUUAAUACGUUCUACAAUUUUUUUAUAAAUAAAAGUAAAUGUUAACACCUGA